CCCCGGGCUCGCCAUGCUCCUGGCCUCGGCCGUGGUGGUGUGGGAAUGGCUGAACGAGCACGGCCGCUGGCGUCCCUACAGCCCGGCCGUGAGCCACCACAUCGAAGCGGUGGUGCGCGCGGGUCCCCGCGCCGGGGGCAGCGUGGUACUGGGCCAGGUGGACAGCCGGCUCGCGCCCUACAUCAUCGACCUGCAGUCCAUGAACCAGUUCCGUCAAGACACGGGCACGCUACGGCCAGUCCGCCGAAACUACUACGACCCAUCCUCAGCCCCUGGGAAGGGUGUGGUGUGGGAGUGGGAGAAUGACAAUGGUUCCUGGACGCCCUAUGAUAUGGAAGUGGGUAUCACCAUCCAGCACGCCUAUGAGAAGCAGCACCCCUGGAUUGACCUCACUUCCAUCGGCUUCAGCUACAUCAUUGACUUCAACACCAUGGGUCAGAUCAACAGGCAGACCCAGCGCCAACGCCGUGUCCGCCGCCGGCUAGACCUCAUCUACCCCAUGGUCACCGGCGCUAUGCCUAAGGCUCAGUCCUGGCCAGUCAGUCCUGGAACAACCACCUCCCCCCCUGCACCACCCUGUUCCUGUCCACAGUGUGUUUUGGUGAUGAGCGUCAAGGCAGCUGUGGUCCAUGGGCGCACUGGGCCCCUUCAGCCUCCAGGAACACGCAAGAACAUGGCUCCCUCUGGAGUGGGCAAGCUGCCUCCACCACCUGGCCCUGGGGCAAAACCACCAGACUCUGCAGGCACCAUCCGGGGCCCAGGGAAGACUGCCCCAUCGCAGGUGAUCCGCAGACAAGUCUCUAAUACACCAUCUGGGGCAACUGUGGGCUCCCCCACCAGCCCACAAGGAAGCAACAGGAAGACUGGAAGGGUGGCACUGGCCACUUUGAAUCGGUCCAGCCUGCAGCGACUGGCCAUUGCCCAGUCCCGGGUGCUGAUUGCCUCGGGGGUCCCCACUGUGCCUGUAAAAAACUUGAAUGGGUCCAGCCCUGUCAACCCUGCCUUGGCAGGAAUCACCGGGAUCCUCAUGAGUGCAGCGGGAUUGCCUGUGUGCCUCACUCGGCCACCAAAGUUGGUCCUCCACCCACCCCCUGUCAGCAAGAGUGAAAUAAAGUCCAUCCCAGGGGUCUCUAACACAAGCCGCAAGACCACCAAAAAACAGGCCAAGAAAGGUAAAACCCCAGAGGAAGUGCUAAAGAAAUAUCUGCAGAAGGUCCGGCACCCCCCAGAAGAGGACUGUACCAUCUGUAUGGAGCGUCUCACAGCGCCCUCUGGCUACAAGGGCCCACAGCCUACAGUCAAGCCUGACGUGGUGGGAAAGCUGUCCAGGUGUGGCCACAUCUACCACGUCUACUGCCUGGUGGCCAUGUACAACAAUGGGAACAAGGAUGGGAGUUUACAGUGUCCAACAUGUAAGACCAUUUAUGGUGUCAAGACAGGCACCCAGCCUCCAGGAAAGAUGGAAUACCACCUCAUCCCCCACUCCUUGCCUGGCCAUCCAGAUUGCAAAACCAUCCGGAUUAUCUACAGUAUCCCACCUGGCAUUCAGGGACCAGAACACCCAAAUCCCGGGAAAAGCUUCAGCGCCCGUGGCUUCCCACGACAUUGCUACCUUCCAGACAGUGAGAAAGGGAGAAAGGUUCUGAAGCUGCUUCUGGUGGCCUGGGAUCGUCGUCUCAUCUUUGCCAUUGGAACCUCCAGCACCACGGGCGAGUCUGAUACUGUCAUCUGGAAUGAGGUGCACCACAAGACAGAAUUUGGCUCCAAUCUCACUGGCCAUGGUUACCCGGAUGCCAAUUACCUGGAUAAUGUGCUGGCUGAACUAGCUGCCCAGGGUAUCUCUGAAGACAGCACUGCCCAGGAAAAGGACUGAGGUGGGAGGGUACUGGGCAGGAAGUCGAGAGAGUCAUGGUGGAAGUUGAUGCCAUGCCUCCUGACUCCCUCAUUUCCCUUCUGGUUCUGUCUCCACCCCUCAACCCUCUCAGUCACAGAGGGAACUAGAUUAAAGUGAUGUCAUUCAUCAA